UGAGCGGUACGUGAACGUGAACCAAUUGACAGCGGUCGGCGACGAGGAGGAGACUCUUUAGUGACUGCAUAAAUACAUGAAUAAUUCAAACUCAAAAACCCCAGCGGCAACAACAAGUUGGACCACGACAACGUGACCUGCCUGUAGAGUUAUCGAUCAAACGACCGACCCGACCGAUCCACCAAUCUACCCAUCUACCCAUCCGAUUUCGGAGCCCUGCCCCGUUUCAUCCGGCAUAUCUCAGCCCAGCUAACAGCAGCAGCAGCAGCAGCAGCAGCAGCAGCAGCCGCAGCCACAAUACCCAAUAACCAAUACCAAAUACUCAAUGCCCAAGGAAAAAACACAAUAAAACAAUCAGAAAGCAGAAAUCAACUACAGGCGAAAUGUGCGGAGAAACAAAAAGAAAAUUGAAGACGACGACACGAGCGUAAAUCUUUUUAGCAUGAAAAAUUCUAUAAAACUAACAGGCACUGUGUGGUCGGACAUCAUUCGUGCGCUACGACGGCAGACGACAGCCGCAGAUACAGAUACCGGUACGGAUACAGAUACAGAUACGGAGAUACACAGCCGGUCGGACGGACAGGCCCUGAUUGAUUGAUUGCCGAGCCCGGGCCCCAACUCCUGCCCAAAAAAGCGAUAGCCAAACCCAAACCCAAACCAGACUCGAUUCGAAACUAAAAACCAAAUUGAAAAUCAAAGUGCUCUCCCUGCAGUCCAGUAUCUGCAACAUCAUCGUCAUCGUCAUCGCCAUCCCAGUCCCAGUCCCAGUAUCCAUAUCUAACAGCGGUCAGCAUCCCAAUCCCAACGGACAACGUCCAGCCGCCAAGCCAUCAAUCAGUCACCGAGUCACCGCGUCAGUUAGUCAAUCGACUAGCCCACUCGCCUUCUGCCUCUGAAUCCGAUUCUGUUCUGGCUGGAGGAUAUCUUCGGUCGGCGCUUUAGUUUCAGUUCGCAUUUGGACGCGUGCUGUGCGGCCUCGCCGAUAGAGAGAGUCGGAUCGGAUCGGAACGGAAUUCUGUAUUCUGAAUUCUGAAUUCUCAGUUGCCAGUUCUCAGUUCUCAGUACUCAGUACUCAGUACUCACUUGACAAUUCUAUAUUCUGAUUCAGAAUCGUGCGCGAAUUAAUCUAAUAACGUAGCAAGAACCAAAACACUGGCCCACACACGUGUCUGAAGUUCAGUGACAAACCCCAAAUCAGACGUCUAUAUUCCAUUGAAUAUACUAUAUAUAAAUCGUGAAAUCGUAAAACACUUUUAAUCAGCCAGAACCCAAGCGCAGGCACGGCAUAAUUAAUUCGUCUGACCCGCAAAGUUCACCCAUAGCAAAUACGGUUGUGCAAAGUGUGCUUGUGCUCCCUCCAUAAAGUGCGAAAUACUCCAGCCAAGCGGAAAUCUAAAAUAACUUGUAACAACAUGAAGCUGUCUGCAGUAUUCCUGGCAUUGGCGCUGUUUGCCCUCUCGCUGGUCCAGUGCCUCGGCCUGCCCGAUCCCAGCACCAAGUGCGUCAUGGAGUGCGACACGCAGGAGUACUCCUUCAUUUGUGCCGCGGACGACAAGGGCUCCACCAAGUCAUACCGCAAUCUGUGCGUGAUGAAGACAGAGAACUGCCUGCAGAAUGCAAACUAUCAAAAGAUCAGCGACAAGGAGUGCCCGUAGAGCUAUGGAUCCAUUGGUCUGUAGUCCAGCAGAAAUAACUUAAUCGUGGAGGAGAACGAGUGGACGCGGCUUGGCAUUCCGGAGGACUCUUCUUUCUCGCGUGGUAUUUGUGUGUGAUAUUUUUAAGUUGUACUUCAGCGGAAUACAGAACACGCCCCCGAACGUAAUGCAUAAUGAUAAUGUAUUCUAAAAUUAUGAAUAAUAAAUAUUAAAUAAAGUAAUCGUAACACGCAAAGUUAAA